GAUCUAAGAAGUAACCGUGACAAUCAUUGUCAUGUAAAAAAUUCUCAAUGGUCGUUGCCAAGGUGUCUUUGAAAAUACGGGUGUUCUUUGGGAGGGUAUAACUAGGAUGCAGCACAAGGCCCGCUCAUUUCUGAGUGAUCGACCGAUCUUAGAUAGUCAGCUUUACUUCCCGUCGAACUUCAACCAUCAUCGUCAAUAUGUCUCAGCAGCCUUGGGAGAGCCCUGACUACACGGACAGCGAACUGGACGAAAUUCAAAGAAUCGCCGAUGAGAUGUAUAAAAACGAUGGAGGAUUUGUUUACAAUCCUGUUGAUUUCCCUCCUCUAAGACCACUUGACCAGGCGCCUGCAUCAGAAAAUGGAGGAGAUGAGAUUCAUCGAUCCAUCGGACUUCCAGCUCUGUGAGAUGGACACAGAUUCCGCAUACAUGGCAAUCUCUGCACCACAUCUGGAUGACAUCAUCAAGCCUCAUCUGCGGGACGAGUACCAGCGGGAGAAAUCAUCCUGGUUUCCGCGUGACGACACCCCCGACCACCGUGCGUAUGACAAACGAACACCCGGCCUCUUUAAGGUUGAGUGGGAGGGGGACGGCAUCGUUGCUCUUUGUAGUAAAACAUACUACUGCUUUGGAGAAAAAGACAAAGCUGUAUGCAAAGGACUGAACAAAAAGACCAACGACAUAACAAAAAUGAACUAUCUGGAGGCGCUAGAAAAUCAACGAGCCGGUGAAGGAGUCAACAGAGGGUUUCGCAUGCGUUCCGAUGGUAUGUACACCUACGAACAGGUCAAGACUGCCUUUACUUACUUCUACCCAAAAAGGAGAGUCGCCGAUGAUGGAGUUUCCACCACCUACCUGGACUUGUGAUCAAAAAAAACCUGUUAGGCUCGUCAAAACAUCAAGCAAAUUUCUUUAAACUGGUGGUGGGUAAAUUGGUGGUGGUUUAAACAGUACGUUAAGUUUUUAUUUUUUAUUUUUUUUUUUUAUUUUUUUUUUUUAAUUG